UCCCUGGUUUUGAGGACAGAGACGUCAGGUUGCUUCUUGCACUCUGGUUCACGAAGCUGCAAGAGAGUGUUGUUGGCACAAAGCAAGAGAGGCAGAGAUCUGCACAUCAUAGACUCGGAGAGUGCAAACCUCACCCGACACAGCAGGCACAGAGGACCAUGGCAUUUGCAGGGAUGCUGAGUGACGAGGACAUCAAGGCUGCAGUCGAGGCUUGUCAAGCUCCAGGCACAUUCGACUACAAGUCGUUCUUUGCACGAGUGGGACUGACCGACUCAUCCGAGACAGAUGGUCGGAAAGUGUUCACAGUUCUGGACCGAGACAAGAGCGGAUACAUCGAGGAGGAGGAGCUCAAACUGUUCCUUCAGAAUUUCUCUCCAGGAGCAAGGGAGCUGACGGUGGCUGAAACGAAGGCUCUGAUGGCUGCUGGAGACAAGGACGGCGACGGCAAGAUUGGGAUGGAAGAGUUCUGCGCUCUCCUGAAAUAAAGCAAUAUCAUAUACAGCCAGGGCUGCCUCCCCUUAUUUUGAUUUCAAAUGAUUUUUUAAAAUGGAAAUCCCAAAUUUCUAGAUUGUUUAAUGCAAAGACAAGAAACCUCAGAGAUGCUGUACCUGCCUGCUGCUCUCCCUAUUGAUGUGAUGCAAUGGCGCACAAGCUGGUUGGUGGACGGAUGGCUAAAAUUGGGUCUUAGUUGUGUGUGUUCAUCAUUCAGGGUAACUGGAAUGCGUUAAUAAAAAAUGAUUUGAGCCAUGA